UACAUUUUGCGGUGCUCCUUUUUCACUCACAUGUACAAAAUUAAAAUGUCCGUAAAUAUUGAUAUGGAUAAUUUCGGUCGAAAGAAUAAUUUACGACGCCGAACAUUGAGUACAUUGAAAUCAGCUGUGACCGCUUUGAAACAAAUUGCAAAUUCUGAGCUCGAGGAACUUGGGGAGCAGUUGCCGCGGUACCGACCGGAUUCCAUCGCGGCGUUGCGUCGUGCCACGCGCUUCACGGAGCCGGAACUAAAGCGUCUCUACCGUGGCUUCAAAGCGGAGUGCCCCACAGGCGUCGUGCGGGAGGACACGUUCAAACUUAUCUACUCUCAGUUUUUCCCGCAAGGAGCCAACACGGCGCAGUAUGCUCACUAUGUUUUCAACACUUUAGAUCAAGACAGAAGUGGACUUCUUAGUUUUGAGGAAUUCGUAACCGGCUUGUCAAUAUUAUCCAGAGGUACUUUGGAAGAGAAAUUGCGGUGGACUUUUUCGUUAUACGAUAUUAACGGCGACGGCUAUAUAACUAAGGAAGAGAUGACUGAAAUUGUCACAGCCAUCUAUGACCUCAUGGGCAAGAUUGUAGAACCCAUGAUAGACGACGAUGCGGUCCGAGAGAAAGUUGAACGACUCUUUCAGAAAAUGGACUUAAAUCGCGACGGCGUCCUGACACUCGAUGAAUUCCUCGACUGCUGCCUGCGCGACGAGGAUAUUAUCCGCUCCAUGGGCGUCUUUGACAGCAACUUCUGACGAGGCCCCGACGGCGGGAGACCAGUCUCGCGCCACGCACCAUAACCUAUAAAUUUCUACAAUAUUCGACUUUAGCAAUAAUUAGACGUGUGUAGAUCAGCUUUGAACGGGUUCAAAAGUUCAGCUCACGUAGGCUUGAACCGAUGCUGCAGCUCAAUAACUAAAUUGGCACCUAACAACGCGAGUACUAUGCGAGCCGAGAAGUCGUGAGCUAUUAUGCGAGUACAGAAAGUGACUAUAACUCUAUGCGGGUACAUUUGGGCUAAUCUGCGUGUCGGUUCAAUGAUCUGUUUCAUAAAUCUAUAAUUCAUAGAUCUAAAUGUGAGCUGAUCUGCAGGUCAUAGUUGAGUUACCCAUGACAGCAAUAAUUAUUCUGUGCUUCGUGAAUCUAAAAUCUUCUAAUAGAUAGAUGUAUAAAUAAGUCGCGCUAUCAGCGUGGACAUUAAUUUUAAAUUUUACCCUAAACGUAACCGACAAACUCCGCUGCCACCUAUGAAUAAUUAUGGUAUGGCAAAUAUUAAAACAAAUUAAAUGAAUUAUUGAAAAUAGUGUUGGGGGCUAUAAUAUUACUUUCACGUUUCAAAAUAAUUAAAAUUUAAAUUAAUCAAACGAAAUAAUACUUACGUAUAAACUCAUACAUGUGUAGUUUUAUUGACUCUAGCAUCUCAGUGUUUUGUCUUUUACUAAUCUUUAUCUAAAGACAUUGAUGUGUAGAUGCAGUUAUUUAGCUAAAAUGGUUAGUAUAGCUCCUAGCUAUAAAAUGAAUGUAAUUUACUUCUAUAAAACCAAAUAAUGUUGCCACACAAAAUAUUUUAUACCAUAAAUAUACCUUUUAUUUUAGCA